UAGUAAUGACAGAGCCGGCAAUAUUACAGACUCUCCCAGAUAUUCUGGCUCCUGCUGAAACACUGGCUCCUUCAACUAAACUGGCUCCUUUAGAGAACUGCUUUACCUACGGUAGCUUCGUUCUUCUGGUGGACCGACUUUUGGAGCAUGUGGAAGAAACAAAGAUGCAACGGAAUGUAAACGAGCAUAUUGCAAAGGACUUGGAGGAUGCUCGAAAUCAGCAGACUACAGAUAUCUUAAAAAUUGAAUCAUUAAGAACUGUAAAAGGAAGUGAAGAUGUCCAUGAAGUCCCAAAUUACGAGGACCUAGAGAGGAAAUACCACCAGUCUGUCUCAGAGCAGGAACAGACAAAGUUGAAAUACGAGGUGCUCAAGGAGGAAAACAGGGUGAUCCGUGGUGAUCUGGUUAAAUGUAAUAAAGAUAAGGUGUCGGCUCAGAGUAAGGCCUGUGAGAUGGAGGCCAAGCUCUCAGUGCACUGCCAGGGCAAGGAGGCCUGUCUGGAGAAGAUUGAAAUUCUGCAGAAUAAGUUUAAUGAGUUAAACAAGAGUUACUCCUCGUUGUCAAACAGCAUUUUAGCUGUUGAGGGAAACUACAGCAACGUCCUGACCACCCAGAAGAAGUUAAAGUUCUUAAACUGUCACUCCAGCUGCAUCAUCAGCGAUCUCCAAACCCAGAUGAAAGAAAGGAACACAACUAUAGUUAAACUUAAGGCGGCUCAGUUGAAGAUUCCUGUGGUCAACCUCCCCGCAAAAGUGGAGGAGAUCUCUCCGGAAGACAACAAGUUGGUAUCAUUAUUGAGGGAGCAGUUGGACCAGAAGACAUCAGAGAUGGAACAAACGGUGAAGUUGUUGGAGACAGCUAAAAUGUCAGCUAGAGAGCUGUCUGAGGUGUUUCUUGUGGAGAGAGCAGAUUGUGCGGAGAAGAUAGCACAGCUAGAGGAGAGGGUGUUCAGGUUGCAAGUUCAAGUAAAACUGGUUCAAUCAGUAGUCAGUGAGAAGGAGAAGGAGAACAGCUCACUUGUGGAAAACUUGCAGACCUCCGAGGUUAAGGUACAGGAUCUGGAGGAGGAGCUGGAGAUACUCAAGAGCUUGAUCUCUCAGGACACUGUUGAUGCCCAAACAGAGACAGUAAUCAGUGUUCAAGACGUGGCAUGUCAAAAUGAUGUCCUGAGUCCAGUUCAAGCUCCCACUCCUGACUCAACAGUGAACAGUCCCACUGAGUUGGUAGAUAGAAGUGUGAACUGCUGUGUGACAUCAGAGGAUAAAGAAUGCCAGGCAGAGUUCUUAUCUCCUGUAGUUAGAUUACCUGUGGUUACCCCACCCAGUGUUGAAGACCAAUCUCCACUGCUCUCUUCCUCAAAACGAUCUCCAACUGCGUCACCUACACUGAAUGUGCAGUCUAAACGAUUCAAAAGAGACUGUUUGUCUGUAGAGCCUGACGUUUAUGAAGUCUCGCCUAGUCCCCUUCCUCUUAGUAAACGACUCAAGAUGCCUACUCCAAUCCCAAUCAAGCUUGAGGGAGGGGGCAAAAUUGCAACGAUUUUUGAAGAGGAUACUGAACAUUGUUCACCAGAGAGGACUCAAUACAAUUUCAGUAUAUCUUACUCCGAAACCCUUUCCUCUGUCCCAGAAGAAGAUUGGCUGACUGUUGCUAACCCAGAUAUAAGCUACAAUGAUAUAAGUUAUAAUGACGAUGAAGUGGAACCUAAAACUCCCGAGCAACUGGUAAAAACUCAGGAAAAGAAGCUGGUUUUAAUAUCGAGCGGUUACAGGAACGAUUCAGAUUAUUCGUCUGUAGAGAGUUCAGACCUAUCCCCAGAGAAAGUGACUCCAGUAGAGGACCCCGAGGAAGUUGAGCCAGUAACUCUAAUUAAAGAGUCUCCUCAACUAGACGCCAUGGCCUCUCCAACUACUAAUAGUAACCCCAUCUCCCCGGACACUAUGCAAGACGAGUCCGGCUUCCUGGAGAUCACCCCCCAAAUACCAGUUAAGAUGAGAAGGGUAGUGACUGUUUGUGUGGACUCCAUGUCCAGCUCCUCUUCCUCAGAAGAAGAGAAGCCCUCAAGUCAGGUGGAGAGUGAAGUGAAACAAUCCGUCCAGAGGGUCAUGAGGAAGGCUUUUAGACGUGUUGACAAGGACCGAACUGAGAAACUCAGCCUCUACAAAGCCUCUCUUUCAAAAUCACCAAAUUCUUCAAGAACUGCUUCUAGUACCAGGUCGACAGUUGGUCCCAUCAACUCUAACUGCAUCAACGUUCCCAAACAAUUAGUUAAACCGACUACAAAUAACCGUGGAGGAGACGGCCAACAACCCUCCGAUUUUGGGGACCAGCGGCUAGUUGAAUCUAACUUUUCAUCUACUCAAGUUGCCCGAAUUGUUAGAAAUGCAAAAACUAUUGUUGGUAGCGAGGAGUGAUUAUUUAUAUUUGGUACUUUUGUUUUUUCCCGGAAAGCGUUUUCGUGUUGCAAUUUUCAUAUAAUUUUAGAAUACCUAAGUUAGUAAGAUGAGAUUACAUUUUUAUAACAAAAAAUUAAGUUUUCAGUUCAUUCAAACGGAAAUUUUACUGUAAAUAGCAGCUAUUGGUCUAACUUCAUUCAAUAGCUGGACACAUUUUUAAGUUUAGUCGAUAAAUGCUUACCAAAAAUAUUAUUUUCGUUCAGUUAAGUUAAAUCAUAUAUAGCUUUCAUUAAUCUUAAAAAUUUCAGAUCAAACUUAAACAAUCCUGUUUUAUAACUUGUAUACGUUUUACGUUUAAAUGUUUUUGGCGAAUUAUUUUUGUUAAUAUAAUUUAUUGUAAAUUGUAAAUUUAUUACUCAGUUCCACAAUUUCUACUUUUCUAAUUACAUAACCA